GGACCACCUCAAGAUGAAUGGGGGCCACAGCACUUCUGGCACGAUGUCAAGCUUAGGUUUUACUACAACACCUCUGAACCAAAUGUGAUAGACUACCAUGCUGCGGAAAUUGUAAGCCUUCAUCUGCUGUCACUCGUGAAAAAAGAGUGUCUUUUUCUCAGUCCCAACCUAGAUUCCCGGGGACUGAAAUGUGCUUCUUCUCCCCAUGGUCUAGUCAUGGUUGGGGUUGCUGGAACUGUCCACCGAAGGAACACUUGUUUGGGCAUUUUCAAACAAAUUUUUGGACUCAUACACUGCCCUAUUGUGGGAAAUACUUGGAAAAUCAAAUUUAUCAAUCUGAGGAUUAUUGGAGAGCAUUGUCUUGCUCCUGGAACAUUAGUGAAACCAGCUAUUACAUUCGAACCUAGUGAUCUAGAGACCUUUUAUAAUGUAAUUACGCUAUGUGGUACCAACGAAGCCCACCUUAAUGCAAGGCAGGCAUUGGAUAGUGGAACUGGGAACCAGGCUUUACGCAGUGGUGAUGAGGCGUUGUUGAGCAGAAGAGAUCUGAGUUUACCCAGCCCUCUGAAGCACUGA